GCCGCGCCAAGUGCACGUGCGUCUCACCGUUACCAUAACGACUGGUCCUCCCGACAGCAGAUCUUCGCUGCCCUAUGAAUGUCUGAGCAACUGCAGCUCCGGGGGCUCGGGUCAUUGGCUGGCUCAGCAGCCAUGGCUCACGGUCCCAGCUGCUCCGCAGCAUGUGAGAUCCUCGCGGACCGGGGCACGAACCCGUGUCCCCUGCAUCGGCAGGCAGACUCUCAACCACUGCGCCACCAGGGAAGCCCCAAGCUCAAUUUAUCUUUGAGAAGCAUACUUGGUUAAGUACCUUGCCUAAGAUCACAUAGUUGGGAAGAGCCAGAGCCAGGAUUUGAAUCCAGGUUUUCAGUGAAUUAUGCCUUUUCGGUUUGGGACCCAGCCAAGGAGGUUUCCAAUGGAAGGGGGAGAUCCUUCAGUUGGGCUGGAGCCUGGGCUGAGCUCCAGUGCUUCCUGUAACGGGAAAGAGAUGUUACUAACCAGGCAACUCCGAAGAUGCCCUGGAAAUCAUUGCCUGACAAUAACUAAUGUUCCCAUCACUGUCUUUGCAACAAUGAGAAAGCCACCUGCACAAAGCAGCAAGGAAAUGCAUCCUAAAUGCCACCAUUAAGUCUUUUGUAGAGGUUUGACUAGGUCAAGGGUAAUGGACCAGUAUCAUCUUAUGAUCUGGUAAGCAAAUAAAAGUGGUGGCACCUUUGGAUGGUGACAGUAGUUGAAAUAUUUACUUUUUGUAGGGAAAGACCGGAAUGUAGUCUGUAAAACAUGUGUAGUGAUAAGCCAUCAGUUAUGUUUGAUAGAUAAGACAGAAUAAUAUUUCACAAUUAGAAAGUGCCUUAGAGAUCAUCUUGCUCACAGUGGAUCAUUAAUAUCAACAAUUCACAAUGAAGCUUAAGCCACCUUGAUUAUCAGUCAGGAAGGGCCCAUUCUAAAUGCUUAAUGUGUUUUGCGCUGAUUUCCUUUGCUUAUUUUUGGGUUGCUACUUAGCCGAAUCCUUUCACUUGAAUAGCCUAAGCCAGUUUCCGUCUUUCUGUCUUUUGAUAAUGUUCUGCCCAGGAAUGAUUAUAUUGGGUGAGAAAUGGAGCCCUGUGGCUUAUGCAUUUUUAAAUAAUACCCAAGACUGAAGGAAAUUCUUAGUUCAUGGUUAAUCUGCAAAGCAUAUACACUGCUAUCAUAUGGAAGCUCAGGUUAUUGGUUAAAUUUAUUAUAAUGAGGUCAAGGCUGUGAUUCUAACCCCUAUUUUUCCAGGAAAAAUGAUGUCUCAUCAUCACACUGUUACCUCAAGUCCCAACCAGUCAUCUUGAAAUUGUCUAUAGUUAGUAUUGAGAAACCUCAGAUUUUAUUUUUUAAUUUUAUUCGAUUAGACUUAAGGUUCAGUUUUGAGGUGUAGGCCAGCUCUUUCUCUUUUCUUUUUCUUCUUGUAAUAGUUCCAAGAAAGUCAGCUUGCUUUCUUUACCUCUUGAUGGUUGCCACUCUUCAUCCCAUGAAAUUUUUUUUUCUCCAAAAGACUAACUUUAGUGUCAGAUAUAGUUUCUCCAGUUUCUUGUCUACUUUUCUGCUCCUGAAGAUAUAUACAUAUAUAUAUAAACCUUUUUAAGUGAAAGGUUUAUUAGCUUAUAAUUACAUGCAUAUAGAUGCAUGUGUGCUACAUGAGGUGAAAAGAAAAGCUUUUCAUCAGGGAUUUAUAAAUGGAGAAAUUCUGAGAGCUCACACAGUGCUAGGAGAUGUUUGAAUUCCAACCAGCCAGAGUAGAAAGACAUUAUUGAACCUGUGGGGCAUUGAGUAGAGUCCUCAGAAAGGUCAUGUCUUAGUAGGAGUUCUAAAGUAGCACUAGAUUAAAGGUUAAUGUAUACUAACUUUAACAAAGUUUAAAAAUAAGACUUGAGAGAAUCAAGAUGAUCCAUGAGUAACUUAAUUAUUUGCCAAAUAAAAAUUUAAUACUCCUCAAAGGAAGAGAAAAAAAUCCAUUAAGGAAAUUGCCCAAGGCUGGGGAAAGAAUCAUGGGAAAGGAGAAAGGAGUAAUGAAAAAUUCCUCAGAGCUCAUACAAGGCUGGGAAUAAUUUGUGAUUCAAUCAUAGUGGAAAGAGCUUUUAAUAUAUGGAGUAGAGUCCUCAGUGAGAUAUUGCCUCAGUGGGGGUGGGUUUGGAGUGGAGGAUAGCUUUAGACUGAAGGCUGCUCUGGACCUGCCCUAACAAAGCUUAAGAGCAAGAGUGGAAAGGGUCAAACUGAUUCCAAGUAACUAAAUUGCAUCCAAGGAGGGAAAAAAACCUCAAAAUUUAAAGAACUACAGUAAAAUCCAGCACCAAAAAUGUAAAAUUCACAAUGAUGGUGUCCAAUAAAAAAUUACCAGGUGUGCAAAAAAGAAGGAAAAUGCAGUCCAUAGUCAAGAGAAUCAUUAGUCAAUAGAAACAGAUUCAGAGUGCUGGAUGAUAGCAUUAGCAGACAAGCUACCAUAAGUGUUCAAGUAGUAGAUGAAAGCAUAAUCACAAUGAAGAGAGAAAUGGAAGGUAUAAAACGGACCCAACUGAACUUCUAGUGAUGAAAAAUACAAUCUCUGAAAUAAAAAUAUACACUGAAUGGGAUCAAGAACAGAUUACACACUGGAGAAGAAGAGAUUAAUGAACUUGAAGACAUAGCUAUACAAAUUAUCCAGAAUGAAAUAUGAAGAAAAAAAGACUGGAAAAAAGAGCAUAAAUUUUGUGUUUUAAUAGCAAGCAGUCUAACAUAUAUGUAAGUAGCUUCUCAGAAGGAGGAGGGAGGACAAUAGAAAAAUACUUGAAGAAAUAAUGGCCACAUUUUUUCCAGAUUUGAUGAAAACUAUAAAUUCACAGGUCCAAGUAGCUUAACUGACCCCAAAGAAAACAGACAUGAAUAAAACAAAACAAACAAAAAGCCAUAUAAUUAAAUUGUCUAAAAACCAGGGAUAAAGAGAACAUCUUAAAACCCGAUAGUACAAAAGGACACAUUCAUUCAAAGGAACAACAGCAACAAAAAGAAUGAGAGCACUUUUAAUCAGAAAGCAUGCAGGCAAGAAGGCAAUGAAGUCAUAUCUUUAAAGUAUCUCUCAAAAAUGGUGAAGUAAGGACUUUUCAUCAGUACUAGAAGCAGAUCAGUAGAUCAGUACUAUAAGACAUGUUAAGGGAAGUUUUUUCAGGCAGAAAAAAAUGAUACUAGAUGGAAAUUUGUAUAAGGAAAUAAAGAGCACCAGAAAUAGAAAAUAUGUGGGUAAAUAUAAAAGACUUUUUUCUCAUUUUUAAACAUUUAUUUAACAGGCAAAUGACUAUUUAAAGCAAAAAUAAUAACAAUAAUUUAUAUAAAAGUAUAAUAUAUGGUAACAAUAGCAAAAAAGACAGGAGGAGGAAAAUGGAAGUUUACUUUUGUAAGUGUCUUCGAUGAUUUAUGAAAUGGCAUAAUAGUAUUUGAAGAUUGAUUGUGAUGAGGUAAAUAUGUAAUUGUAAACUUUAGAUUUAUCUCUAAAAGCAAACAGUAACAGAGAGCUAAUACACCAGUCAGGGAGAUUAAAUGGAAUAAAUAUCACUCAAUCCUAAAGAAGGCAGGAAAAGAGGAAAAAAAGAACAAAGAUAAUAGAUGUAAACCAAACCAUAUUGACAUUUGCAUUAAUUACAAAAGGUGUAAACACUUCAAUUAAAAGACAGAUUAUGAGAUUGGCUAGAAAAGAGGAUGGUGUCUACAUGAACCUACGUUAAGAGUCUCAUGCUGUACUGAUUGAGCUAACCAGCACUACAUGAGCCUACUUUAAAUUAAAAGUAUAAAAGGAUAAAAAUGGAUAUCCCAUGUAAACAUUAAUCAAAAGGAAGUUGGAAUAGCUAUAUUAAUAAUAGACAAGAAGAUUUUAGAGCAAGGAAUACUACCAGAAAUAAGAGGGACAUUUCAUGAUGAUAAAAGGGUCAUACAAUCUUAAAUGUUAUGCAGAGCUUCAAAGUACAUGAAUCAAAAACUGAUGGAAAGAACAAAUAACUCCACAUUUAUAGCUUAACAUUUUUAACAACUGGUAGUAGAACAACAGUACAGCAGAAUACUAUACAUUCUUUUCAAGCACACAUAGAAAAUUUACCAAGAAUAGACCAUAAGCAACAAAACAAAGUAUGCAGAGUGUGCAAAGUACGUUCCACAACAGAAUUAAAUUCAAAUUCAACAGAAAAAUGUCUGGAGACUCUCCAAAUAUUGGAAUACUAAAUGAAGCACUUUCAAACAACUCAUGAAUAAAAGAAGAAAUUACAGGAGAAAUUAGAAAGUAUCUUGAAAUGAAUGAAAAUGAAAACAACAUAUCAAACACAUGGGGUACAACUAAAGUAGUGCUUAGAAUUAAAGCCUUAAAUUCUUUCAUCAGAAAAGAAGAAAUGUAGGGGAAUUCUCUGGUGGUCCAGUGGUUAGGACUCCAAGCUUCCACUGCAGGGGGCACAGGUUCAAGCCCUGGUUGGGGAACUGAGAUCCCCACAUGCAGCACGGUGUGGCCAAAAGGGAAAAAAAAGAAAAAAGAAAUGUCUCAAGUCAAUUAAUCUAAGCUUUCACCUUAAGAAAGAAGAAAAGAUGAGCAAACUAAACCCAAAAUAAGCAGAAAGAAAGAAAUAAGAUGAAAAAAUUAAUGAAAUAAAAGACAAAUAAUAGAGAAUAAUCAAUGAAACCAAAAUCUGGUUCUUUGAUAAGACCAAUAAAAUUGAUAACCUCUAGGCAGAAUUAACAAGAAAAAAGGACACAGAUUACUGAUAUCAGAAAUGAGAGUGGGACUUCACUGCAAAUUUUAAACAUUAAGAGGAUAAAUAGAGUUUUUCACUGGGAUGAAUUCUUUAGUCUUCUAAGGCUUCUACCUUGAAUAAAUGCCUUCCCAUAUUCCUUACAUUCCUAGGCGGGAGCUUUCUGUGAAGGGAAUAUUAUAAACAGUCUGAGGGCAACCCUGUGGCAUCAUGCUUUCAUAACCUUCCUUUAGGUUGGCAUCAGCUCACGAAUCAUCCAUCUUUAGACAUGAUCAUUUGAAAACGUGUUCUCUGAGAUUGCUGAUUUAGCUCACUGUAAGCUCACUGUGGUCUGGCUGGGCUAGUGAGGGACUCAGUGCCAAGCAGCUACCAUCACUACACUUCCUUCCUUGAGGGAUUCAGUUGCUAUUCUUCUGGUUGGUAGUGUCAUGUUACAUUCCUCUUCAGUGUGAGCCUCUCUGUCACAUGAUUUGGCAGAUUAGCAGGCUUUCACCCCUAAAACUCAUCUAUGCUCUGCCCACCCCAUCCUGCCCCCUAGCAGUAUCCUCUGCGAAUGGUGUCCUCUGGUGUUGUGAAGUUUACAAAUUGAGUGGCCUUAUCCAUGGUAGCUGAUCUUUUCCUCUACUUUUCAGGACUUGAAAGGUUACCAAAGACUUGAGGGAAUGCUUCUUGUCUCUCUGAUCAGCUAUGCCAUUUUUUCCUGUAGUCUUCUCUCCAUAUCUUCAGGCAAAUCAGAGAUCCCUGGGGCUCAGGGGAACCCAAGUGGAGAAGUCAGUAUCACUUUUUCCUUUCUGAAGAUUGCCAGGCACUUUGUAAGUGAUUGCCUUGGGAGGUGAGAUGAGGGUGUAACUUUUAUGGAAACUUGGCUUUCCUGAAAUUUACUCAAAGAAUAUUUAUUGAGCAUAUACCUACAUGCCAGGCAUUGUUCUAGGCUCUUACAACACAUCAUUGGAUGACAAAAAUUUGUGGAACUUACAUUCUGGACAGUGCCUCUUCUGUUGCCUUUAUACAGACUGUGUGUGUGUGUGUGUGUGUGUGUGUGUGUGUGUGUGUGUGACAUGUAUGUAGUGUGUUGCGGGCAUUGUGGUUUUACAUUGCUAGUUAUACUGAAAUGACUUCUUUGAGCCAGUCCUAAAGAGAAGGGAUUGGCUUCACACCUCAAAGUUUGGUGAACCUAAAAUGUGUAUUUACUGCUUUAUGGUCCUAGUUAUAGGCUGUAGUCACCAAUUAAGGUAAGCAAAGACCCUACUUAACACCCUCUACUACCAUGCUAUGUACAAGGAAGUGGGAGCCCAGAGAACAGAAAUAGCCCAGUGUCUUCUGAGAUGCCCCCUUAUACAAACUGUGUGCUGAGAACUGAGGUGGUUCUUACUGGACAGAGGGUAGGUGGAUAUAUAUUAUUCUAUGUUUACAGAAUGGGAAGUAUGUGUCUAUAAAUGUGUAUGGUAAACACUUAAAACCAUUCUUCUAGGUAAGAUCAUUUUGGCUUCAGCUAUUAUUGCUAUGGGCUUGAUUCUUUCUGUGUUUCCCAAUUCACAAUUUCAAGAGAAAAUUUUCAGUUGUUGGAACUCAUCUUUUCAUACCACCAGAUAGUGGGAUGUUGCUUCACUGGAAAGAAAUAGGAUGGUGCUCUUACCCAAUCAGCUGUGGCCAUGAGAGGAGGAAGUGGGAUACAGGCCCAAAUAGGGCUGCUUCUUCAAACUGGGGCUAUGGGAGGCCUCUUGAUUUCCAAGGUGCUCUGAACUGGCAGGGGCCAUGAAUGACAACUAGUCAAAAUUACUCUGAACAUCCAAUCUAUAUAUAUAUAUAUAUAUAUAUAUAUAUAUAUAUAUAUAUAUAUUUUUUUUUGCGGUACACGGGCCUCUCACUGUUGUGGCCUCUCCCGUUGCGGAGCACAGGCUCCGGACGCGCAGGCCUAGCGGCCAUGGCUCACGGGCCCAGCCACUCCGCGGCAUGUGGUAUCUUCCUGGACCGGGGCACGAACCCGUGUCCCCUGCAUUGGCAGGCGGACUCUCAACCACUGUGCCACCAGGGAAGCCCCUCUAAUCUAUAUUUCUAUGUAUGAAGUUCCAAUAUACUAUGAUUAACUAAAAGAAAGGAAAUCAUACUUCUUUCUCCCUAGACAGUUGAGAGAAGAUGGGGUCCCAUCUAAGAACUGAAUCAAGCUCUUAUAAAUGGUAAAUUCAAGGUUUCAGAAGGACAUUGUGUGGUUAAGAGGGUCAGCAGAUAUGGGUCAGUAGAUUCUUACUUGCUGAGCAUAAGAGUGUGAAAUAAUAACUGCAAAGAAGUGGCCCUGUAAAUUGCAGAGAAGGUAGAAGAAUUUUUGUGACUUUAGUCUGCAUAUAUGUGAGUCUGCGUACACACUUGCUGUAGUUACUGGAGGUCUGGCCAGGGUCUGGGCCACUGCUGAGAAUGAAGGGCAUAGAAUGGCCCUCUAGGAUGUCUCAGGAAAAUCUCUUGGAAAAGAAAAUGGCAGGCUGUUCCAGAGCUGCUGCCUCCAUCUUGGGUCUGUUGUAGGGAGGACUGUGAAGGCGUAGUGUGUCUUAAGCAUCGGUCCAGUCUGUACUGGUUAAGGCCCUCGACUAUUGGAUUCAGAGUCUUUAGCUCAGAAGCCACAUAGGCCCAGAGGCCAUAGCUCUCAGAAGGUUUUGUUUGGUCAGCCCAGUAUUUUGCUCUUGUGAUUGCUGUUGUUUUAAUUUUAAUUACUUACUAACUGAAAAAUCAGGCCAUUUCAAGCCCCUCAAAUUUCACAUUUCCAGCUUCUUUUGGAAAUUUUGGCCCUUUCGAUUUUCUCAGUCAGACACCACCAGGUUCACGCCAUGAUACCUCUCUGGCUGUAUAGGUGGUUGAGUCUGUGACUCCAGCUUUAGAGACCAGUUGAGAGUUGGCCUGAAGGCAGACAGUCCCCUGGGGGCAGGAAGCAAGGGGACAGUCAUACUGCCCCUGGGGGCAGGCAGCAGUCCUAUUUCCAAUUCUGGCUCCUCAGUCUAGCUGAAUGACAGCAGGUGAGGUAUUUAAUCGUUCUAAAUCUCAGGCUUCUCAUCUGCAAAUGCCACCUCACAGGAUUCGUGUGAUGAUCAAGUGAAAUCUGCUUUAAUUUAGCUUACUGUGGAGGCUGUCACUGAGUAAGUCCUCUAUGGAUAUUAGCUAUUUUUGUUGAUCUUCAUCAUUAUUAUUAAUGUACCUGAGACAUGAGGGUAGUAGGGGAAUGUAAAUAAUUACAUAUAUAUGUGAGAUAAUUUUAUUCCCUUAGUAAUUCCUCAAAAUACUUUAUACUCCCUCCCCAUACCCCAAAAGUCACUCCUCUUACGUACCUUCAAUCCUGUUGAUAUGAGGGUCUAUUUUCUCAUUUUGUCUUCAUUGUUGAUUAUCUUUUCAUGUAUAAUUCUUUUAUUUCAGUCUGUAUAUUUUAAUAUUCUACCAGCUAGUCAAGCCAUUUUUCCUUUUCUAGACUUUAUUAAUAUAUAUAUACCUAAAAAAUAAUUAUAAAAUUUUAGAAAUAAGACUAGUUGUGUUGCAGGUAUGUGGGGGAAAAACCUUUUAAUAAAAGGACUUCUAUACUUUUAAGUGGAAUUGUAUGACUUU